UCCGGAUCCGGAUCCGCCCAGCUCGGCGUCACGGCACCGACAAGAUGGCCGAGAUUACGGGUCGAAAGUGAGGGAGAAAACAAAAACAUCUGUGAUCUGUCCCCCCCACCACCACCCCCUGCAUAAGAGGCCAGAUUUCUAAGCGGUGCAGAGGGCUGAGAUAAAGCGCUGGGAGCAGCCCGGCUCUUGUUUUUGCCGGAUGCAAACACAGUGCGCUCCGCGGCGGCGCGCGCAGGGACCGUUUUAUCGGAUCUUCUGGGAGCUAACCUGCUAACCAUGUCUGCUAGCUGACAGCAUCGAGACGCUGUGCGAUCACAUAGUGACACUUGGACUGCUCCGAUAUAAAUAGCCUUUUCUCCUAAAUAAACUAUAGCGGAUACGGCUGACUACUGCGGCUCAACUUUCCGAAGUCAUAAAUUGGAUUUAACGCUUAGCUAGUUGGUUAGCAUGCUAAUAUUGCGGAUUUCUUGUUUGCAGCUAGCAUCAGCGUUAGUAGACGUUAGUUAGCUGUGUUUUCCUCCCUUGCUUAGGGCUGUUUUGUUCAUGUAAAUAUAUAAAGAGUGUUUUUAAGGACGGGUCGCUGUUUAAAAGCAGCGGAAACUUCUCUUUAGAUUUGGAUUGCCAGGAAUCCUACUGGAUUAAUAGCUUUGAAAGCACCACAGCCGGGGCGAUCUAAGCCCCUUCGUUCCUGGACGAGGAGCAAACCCGAUCUUCUUCAUUAUGGCGCAUUCUCCCGUUCAGGGUAACCUGCCGGGGAUGCAGAACGUCAGAGUGGACCCAGAGGAGCUGUUUACCAAGCUGGAGCGCAUUGGGAAGGGUUCCUUUGGCGAGGUGUUCAAAGGCAUCGACAAUCGUACGCAGAAGGUGGUGGCCAUUAAGAUCAUAGACCUGGAGGAAGCAGAGGAUGAGAUAGAAGACAUUCAGCAGGAGAUCACGGUGCUGAGCCAGUGCGACAGCCCUUUUGUUACCAAGUAUUACGGCUCAUACCUGAAGAUGGAGCCCGGCUCUUUAGAUGAGACCCAGAUUGCCACAAUCCUCAGAGAAAUCCUAAAGGGUCUGGAGUACUUGCACUCAGAGAAGAAGAUCCACAGAGAUAUUAAAGCUGCCAAUGUGCUGCUGUCCGAGCAAGGAGAGGUGAAGCUGGCCGACUUCGGCGUGGCCGGCCAGCUCACGGAUACUCAGAUCAAACGCAACACCUUUGUCGGGACGCCAUUUUGGAUGGCCCCAGAGGUGAUCAAACAGUCCGCUUACGACUCGAAGGCCGACAUCUGGUCACUUGGAAUCACUGCGAUCGAGCUGGCGAAAGGUGAGCCGCCCCACUCGGACCUCCACCCCAUGAAGGUGUUAUUCCUCAUUCCAAAGAACAACCCGCCCACGCUGGAGGGCAACUACUGCAAACCUCUGAAGGAGUUUGUCGAGGCCUGUCUCAACAAAGAGCCCAGUUUUAGGCCGACUGCCAAAGAACUGCUGAAGCAUAAAUUAAUUGUCCGCUAUGCGAAAAAGACGUCAUACCUGACGGAGCUGGUGGACAAGUACAAGAGGUGGAAGGCUGAGCAAUCUAGAACUACAGAGUCCAGUUCAGAUGAGUCGGACUCAGAACAGGAUGGCCAGGCGUCAGGCGGGAAUGACUUUGGCAGCGAUGACUGGAUCUUCACCAUUCGAGAAAAGGACCCCAAAAAACUACAGAAUGGAGAAGGCCAGUCAGGGGGGGCGGACCAGACGAAAGACAUUCCAAGGAGGCCUUAUUCACAGAGCCUGACCACGGUCAUUUCUCCUGCAUUAGCCGAGCUGAAGGCCCGACAGGAGCAGGUGAAUGGAAACCCGCUGGUUCUGGAUGAGCUCAGAGAGGCCAUCCUCCUGGCUGAAGAGGCCUACCCUGGCAUCUCUGACUCCCUCGUGGCUCAUAUGGUGCAAAGGCUCCAGAGUUUUUCCACAAGCAGAAGAUCCUCUUCCUCCCCUUAGAGAUUGGCUUUCUACCCCGAACCUGCUCUCCCAGGUCCCCCACAUCCCAUCAACACCCUAUCCAAGACAGAGGGUUAAACGUUGAGGGUCAAGUCAUUCGAUACCAGCUGGCUGCAUUUGACCUCCAUGUGAGGGGCGCUAACUUAGCCUGUUAUUUAAAAAAAACACAACAAAAAAGACUCAACUCCACAGCGGAGAACAGAGACACUUUGCAGAGCUUCUUUUAUCCAUUAACGAGAGAAGAUGUUUGGAAGCUGUGAUGAUACAGCAGCGGGGAGGAAAAAAAAAAGACUCAAAGCGAGAGCGACCAGCUGCAAAAAACAGCAAUAGCCAAGUCUAUCAUGUGACGCUCCUCACGCCUCACAACAGUCUCUGCAUGGAUUUUGCUGGAUGAGGAGCUGAAAGUCUCCCUCGAUUCCCUAACAGGACUUCAGUCCCUCCCCCUUCUCUUAAUGCAGGCGUCAUAUCCCCCAGGAGCCUAUGAGAGCAUGCUUGAUGAACCUGCAGGGAUGUUAUCCAAGUGUACAAGCCGUGUGUAUGUGUGCGUGCGUGCAUAUGUAUGUGUGCGUUUCGUUUUGUGUGUAAACCUCCCUGUUUAGGCAAAUUGCAGCAUCCUUAAAGAAACCUCAGGUAAAGUGCUUUAAGUGGACUUUGUCCUCCGAGGCAGGAGGGGGCGCCAUGCUGUACAUGACUACAAGUUAUCAUUGCGGUAAAUGAAUCACUGUGUACAAAAUGAUCGACGCGCAUUUUGUAGAUACUGAUUAAAGAUAAAGUAGGUAUUUAAAAACAUCUCAAAGGUAACUCCGACAGAAAAUGCCUUGCCUUUUUCAGCGUUCGCCGCAGAUUUAGUUUUUGUUUUACUCAUCUGUGAGAAUCGUCAGUGUUUUCUUUUUUCAAGUGACUUGAGUUCCAGUGUUUCAACUUCCAGCAGAGUAAUUAAGUUAAACUUUAUGAGAAACCAGAACAACUUUUACCUUUUAUUCAUGUUUAAAGAACUGAGAAUUAUAGGACAAAAAUAAAAAGGUAGAUGAACGGGGGAACCACGUUAAACUGAUAACAGUUGAAGUAUUUUCUGUUUUCUUUUUUUUUUUUUUGGUUUAUCAGUAUUUAGAUACUAAAGUGGAAAUGAGGAAAAAAUGGCACAAAAUUAGGCUUGGGCUGGCAUUGGAUUAUUUUGGUAUGAAAAUAUGCUUUUGUUAAAUUAAAAAUCAGAACAAAAUUACUCGCUUUACUUUCAAUUAUUUUUUUUCAUGUUUUAACAAUAUCAAUACCAUUUGUUUUACUAAUUCAGUGUAAGCUAAAUUCUACAAUACAACUAGCUGACCAUAAGUUCAGCAACAAGUGGGGGUGGGACAUUCCUGAAUUAGUCAGAAGACACCAGAUGCUGCAACACACCCUACUACGGUUAAUAGCGCGACUUUUUAAUUAAUUAAUCCCUUGUUUCUGGUACCAGGCCCGUGUCUAAGCCACAUUUAUUCUGGCCAAAUCAGAACGAGCCUACCUGCAGAGUCCCAUGCCAUCCUCGUCAUCUUCACCUCUCGCUAUAGAAGUGCCAUGUCCUCUCUUACGCUUUCACUAGUAUGAUUUGCACCUUUAUUUUUGUUUUAUUUCUAAUUUUCAGAUCCGUUUUUGUGCACUUUGAAAGUGUAGAGUAUUUAAAGACUCCUGUGAGAGGAAGAAAACUAGAGACAAAACCAGUUGCUAAUAGCCAUGUUUUACUACAUAUGUUUACUUAAGAGUUCCACAAUUUACUACUGUGCUAUUGCAGCAAUAAUGUUGAGGAGUCGCAUCAAGAUGCACUUGUCAAAACAGGGAUUGAGAAAAAUUAAGAAAUAUCUGAUAUUUUUAUAACGGAAAAGAGUUAAGUAUGGAAAUACGGAAUGCUUUAUGGAUAUGGGCAUCUGCCUCCGGCAAAAAAUAUCUAUACCUUUCA